UAGUUUUCGGCGGCUGCUCUCUUGGCGGCUACCCUUAAGUAAACCUCUUGCGGGUGGGUACGGUAGCUCUUUGGGGACAAAAGUCUUCCCUCUUCGGUCGGCUCUGCUUUGUACUUCGUUUUUUGGGCAAAUCUGAGACUGCAGGUAUUAGCGUCUCUAUUGCGCUGCUACCGGAGAGGUAGGAGGGGGCUGAGCCCGGUGCGGAGUUCGGGCUGUGUGGGGCCUAGGCCCACGAGACGCCGUCGCUGCCCGGAUGUUGCGAUGGUUGAUCGGGGGAGGCCGAGAACCUCAGGGCCUGGCCGAGAAAUCUCCUUUACAGACAAUAGGUGAAGAACAAACCCAGAACCCCUACACUGAACUGAUGGUACUGAAAGCUCAUCGUGAUAUUGUACGGUUUCUGGUACAGUUAGAUGACUACAGAUUUGCAUCUGCUGGUGAUGAUGGAAUUGUAGUUGUGUGGAAUGCCCAGACAGGAGAAAAACUUUUGGAACUCAGUGGACACACGCAAAAGAUAACAGCUAUUAUUACAUUUCCUUCUUUGGAAGCUUGUGAAGAAAAAAAUCAACUGAUCUUGACAGCUUCUGCUGAUAGAACAGUUAUUGUAUGGGAUUGUGAUACUGGCAGACAAGUUCAGAAAGUGUCAUGCUUCCAGUCUACUGUAAAGUGUUUAGCUGUUCUUCGGAGACUAGAUGUUUGGCUUUCUGGUGGGAAUGACCUCUGUGUGUGGAACCGAAAAUUAGAUCUCCUGUGUAAGACUAGUCACCUUUCUGAUACAGGGAUCAGUGCUUUGAUUGAAAUACCUAAUAACUGUGUUGUGGCAGCAGUUGGCAAAGAGCUGAUAAUUUUCAGGUUGGUAGCACCCACAGAGGGAUCACUAGGAUGGGAUAUUCUUGAAGUUAAGCGCCUCCUUGAUCACCAGGAUAAUAUUCUCUCACUGGUUAAUGUCAAUGAUUUGAGUUUUAUAACUGGCUCCCAUGUUGGAGAGCUCAUCAUCUGGGAUAUCCUGGACUGGACUGUGCAGGCCUGUGAACGAAACUUCUGGGACCCAUCUCCACAGCUGGACACUCAGCAAGAAAUAAAACUCUGUCAAAAGCCAAAUGACGUUUCUAUUCAUCAUUUCACAUGGGAUGAAGAGAAUGUAUUUGUUGCAGUUGGAAGGGGUUUAUACGUGUAUAACCUUCAAAUGAAGCGUGUGAUUGCCUGCCAGAAAACUGCACAUGACUCCAGUGUCCUACACAUUGCCAAACUUCCACACAGGCAGUUAAUCUCAUGUUCAGAAGAUGGCAGUGUACGCAUUUGGGAAUUACGAGAAAAACAGCAGCUUGCAGCUGAACCUGUACCAACAGGAUUUUUUAACAUGUGGGGAUUUGGAAGAGUAAAUAAACAAGCCAGCCACCCUGUUAAAAAGCAACAAGAAAAUGCCACUUCAUGUUCACUAGAGCUUAUUGGAGAUUUAAUUGGACACUCAUCAUCUGUGGAGAUGUUUCUGUACUUUGAAGAUCAUGGACUAGUGACAUGUUCUGCUGAUCAUCUCAUUAUUUUGUGGAAAAAUGGAGAACGAGAAUCUGGAUUGCGCAGUUUAAAGUUAUUUCAGAAAUUAGAGGAGAAUGGUGACUUAUAUCUUGCUGUCUAGUUUAAGGAAUUUGGACACCAGUGCAGGAACCUUGAACAUUCAAAUAUAGGGUAAUACUCUGAAAACCAUUACCAUAUUAAUCACUUAAAUUUUAUAAUAUUUUUUUUCUUGUUACUCCAUAAAAUUCCGAUUGUUUGAAUUCUUUUUUUCUGGGCCUGCAAACCAGCAACAAGUUGCUUCUCAGGUAUUACAUCCACCAAAGAACAUAGCACAGGUUUUUCAUUUGACUUUUCACAUAACAGUUACCUGAAAUCAUUGAAGAAAUGGGUCUAAUUUCAGCAGUGAAUUUUCUGAAAGUGAAGUUUUCAGACUUCAGCACAAAUAUCUGUUGAAGCAGAAUUAAAUUGUACCACGGUGUCCUCACAGAGAUAAAUUCUUUAUGCUUUAAGAAAAAUUCUACACCAGAAAUUGUAUGAGCUCAUGUUUAAUGAGGAGACUAGUACUCAGAACCUCUCACUCUUUAGUGUAAUUAUAUUGUCUCUAAAUUUUUAUUUAUCAUCAGGAAUUAGAUAUUUAAAAUAUAUGUAGUUUCUGUCCUUUAGCCUUUUUGGAUUUGGAACUACCUGACUUUGUUCUCCAAAGUUAGUAUUUUAACUAUACCUGUCAUUCUUUUAAAGAUUUAUUUAAGGAACCUGCUUUUGUGGAAAUAAAUAUACAUGAUAAUUAUAGACAAUUAUAGACAAUAUUUUGGGAGAAAAAUGAAAUAGCCACUGAAGAAUAAUUAGGUAGGAUGUAGCAUAUAUUGAAUAUAAGCCUGUGAUAUCCUGAAAACUGAUACUUCCCUGUAGGAAAUGAAGAUUCCAUAAUAAUUGUAUUUUGUGUUGCUGCUGAAGUGGUGCGUGCUGUGUUUUAAGCUUCUUAAUUUGAUCCUAGACCCUGGGAGGAGGUAGAAAUAACAGUAUUUUUUAUUCUUUGAUUUUCUUUAGAGCUUGUUUAAGAAUUCUUGUGAUAAAUUUAAAUAUAUCCUUUCUCCUACAAAUUCCCCUGGUCUUUAGUAACUAUCAGAUAUUCUGUGAAGCAAACCUGAAUCUCUCACUGUUUUAACUACAGCUUUUCCUUUCUUGGUGGCAACUAAUUUGUUUAAAUCAUUUUUUUAAAAAUCUAGCUUUACUAUAAAAUCCCUAUAAAGUCACAUCAUUAGGAAUCUUAUUAGGGUGUAUUUUUCUCCCUAGCCUGAACAGCUAUUGGCUGGAGUCUUGGGACUGGACCAGCAGCUAGGCCUCAUAUAUGCCAGAGAUGAGAGCUAGAGCAGUAAAGUUACAGUGUUUGCAGAGUGCCUGAUUCAUCUUACCAUUGGCUCAAAUAUGAAGUGCUUGAGACAGGCUUCACUUAUGCAGUUCCUUGCAGUGACCACCUUCAUCACCACAUCAGCCUUAGAGCACUCUCUCUCCCUUUUGGUACUAAAGAAUAGAAAUUAAAAAGUGUUCCAUACAUUAAAAAAUGGGUAGGUUUCAUUGUGGAAUUAAUCUUAUAUUUAAACUGCUGAUGAAAGAAUCCUACUGAAAUGAGUACAAGGUGAUUGUUGUGUCAGAGGACUGCUGCUUCUCAAAGAACACUUUGUGGAUUUAUUUGUUCAUCACACACACCCUAAUGGCAUCUUUGUAAAUUGUUGUUUUUACUAGUUUUACCUUUGACAGUUGCUUGCUCAGCUACCUACAGAGUCUGGAAGAGCUACGAUCAUCUAUGUCAGAUCAGUGCCAUAAUCUUAUAAAUGCGGAAGCUGAUCAGGUAAGCCCUUCCAGUUACUUAGCUCAAUUCCCAUUCUCAUCAGUGAGCAGCUUUAAAAAUAGAAAUCGAAGAUGACUGGAAUGAGAGAGGAGGGCUUAUAUGAUUACCCCUUGAGUAAAACCAAAUACUGUUCAUAGUCAUUGUUUCUAAUUCACAAUGAAAAUAGCUUUAUGGAGAAAUACAAAAUUUACGUAACCUCCCUUAUAAUAGAGGAAUGUGACUAGAAAAAUUAGCACUGCCUUUUAGCCAACAGAUUGUUGUUAUCCUGGCAUAUAUGAGCAGUCACACAGAGGCACCUCUAAUCUUUCAUCCUGAAAUUGGAACGUGGGUAGGAUUCCUAAACCAGGCAGACAUGCAUUUUGGUCUGAAUGCACCAGAUUAUUGACCAGAGUCAUUUUUAGGCUUUAAUUUUCCUCCAUAGAUGGACCUUCCCCUGUUACUAGUUUUCUUUGGAGAGUCUACAUUAUUAGGUCAUGAGUUUAUAAAGAAUUCAUAGAUUCUUAACUGCUUUUUUCCCCCGAUUUGUUCUGAAUUAGUAUUAUGUGAUAGUAAUCUAUUCACGGGAGUGAUGCCACCCACAGGCGAAUUUGGGGAGCAAAUUGUACCACAAGUACCACUGUCAGUCCCUCUGUUACUAAAAUCUAGAGGAAAGCCUCCAAACAAUUCAUGAGACUUGAUGGUUUUUGCUUUCAUGAAUGCCCUAGGGUCUGAGAUGGGUGCAAACAGUGAGAUGAGAGAAUCUAGCAGGGACUCAGACUUGAUGGCUGCUCACUAGGUGUAUGUAGACUGCUGCAAAAAGCUGAACUUUCAAAUUAGAAAACAACUAUAACUGAGGUCAAUAUAUAUUAUGUGCAUUUUUUCCAGUUCCCUAGCUUUUAGUGCUAUUAUAUUAGCAACACCAGAAGUAAUACUGUGCAGUGGGCCUUGUCAUUUUUAUUUAAAAAUACCCUUAUUACCUCAUUCUUUAGCUUAUUCGCAUAAUACAAUCAAGAGUCUAAACUUCAGGAACAUUGUAUUUAUCUAUCUUUCUCAAAUUGAGUGGGUUCUGAUUGAAUAGAUGAGGCUUGUUCUUUGCCCACAAGACUAGCCAGUCCUAACUCUGAAGGCAAGCAUAUUUUAAAAUCUUAAAUUGGACAUAAAGAAUAACCUAAUUAAAUUAUUCUGGUCCUGAUAACCGUGUUUUGUAACUAACUUAUGAUUAAGUAGUAGUAGUAGUAGUAGUAAUGUGACUUCUCUUUAGAUUAGAUUGUGUUAUAUUUUCCUAAAUUAAUAGGGUUCCCCUCAACACAGAGUAUUUUAGUAGACAGCUCAGUGUGAGAGACAGUUGUAAUAGUUUAUACCCAUCUGAUAUGCAUACCAUCUGAAAGACUAUAUUUCUAAUAAACUAUUUGGGGGGAAUGCACUAUUUAGUUAGCAACUCAGCAGAAGAUUACACCAUAGUAGGUUACACUGGUAAAGAGCAGAGCUAUGCUAAAGCUUUAGUACCUGGCAGUGUUAAUAUGAAAUUAAUUUGACAUUAUACUGAGUCAGCUAUAACGUUCAUAUAGAAAAAUGUCAGACAUCUGAUGAAUGUCACUUACCAAAUGGAACCAAAAGCGGGCUGGUCAGGAAAAGAUUGUCAUUGCCUCAAGCAAGCUUCUGAAGCCUAGGCAAAUUACUUAGCUCCUCAAAAUGGGAGUCUGACAUCCUGAAUUUAAUGUGUUCUGAAAACAAAGUGUGUGAUUCAUGAAAUAAAGAAAACUAAACUGAAAUUUUGAAAUUAUGAAAAAUUUAGGCCAAAGAAGUAAAAUAAAAACAGCUGUUAGGAAUGAAAAAUGGCUGUAGGAAUUUAGUCACAAGUACUUCAUUCACAAAAACAUUUUCAUCACAUUUACAUAAUACAGCAUUAUAAUACAAAGCUAGCUGCUGUCCUGAUGAAGCAAGUUCUCUUACCAUCUAACAAAAAUAAUUUAGGUACAUUUCUUUGCAUGGAAUUGUCAUAUAUGUUUCCAUUUGUUGGUACAAAACAUAGAAAAAAAAUUGGCACAAUUUUGUAGUGAUAAGUCAUUUUCCCCCCAUGUAUUCGUUCCAGGUGCUCUGCGUUCCGAUUUUCAUUUGAAAAAAGUAACUGCCGAUUCAGUUAAUUUAGUCUCUGUUUAUACCUCUUAGAAAUGCAGCAUGGAGUACAGAGAAUUUGAAAGAAAAACAGAUUUUGUUUACUGAAUCUCUAAUAUUUAUAAUACAUAGAGAAGGGUUGGCUGGUAAAAGAGAAAGGAAAAUCUCAAGUCUGACUUAGUGUAGAUCACAGAAAAUUGUGAAAAGAGCUGUAUAAAAAUAUGCACUUGUGCUUUAGAAGCUUUCAGCAUACAAUUAAUAGCUUAAAAUAGUAUUUACUGUUCCCCAUAUGCCUAUUUUCUGAUAUAUUUACACAUGUUGCAAUUUUUUUUUACAUCAUUAAAGCGAAAUGGCAUGAUCUUAAAUAUAGAUAGGUUAAAAACAUCUGAACCUUGAAACUUCCUCUGUCUCCUCACUACAUGGCACAACAUACUCCAUGGACUUAAAACCCAGAAAAUUUAGAUUGCUUUAAUAAAAAUUUUAAACAGCAAAUGUAUAUAAAUUUUUUUUUAAAAAAAGUUUGUCCAAGGGCAUUCAGAUUAAUGGCUUGUAUAUAAUACCUACUAUAGUGCCUUGUGACUGCCUCUGUAAACCAGAAAUAAAGGAAAAAAACUCUUGGAUUCCCCCCAAACAAGAUGUUACUUCCUUCCCCAUCAUGGAUGGCCUUUUAUUAAGAUGAAUGCCUUUUGUAGGAGAGAGGACUACACAGGCUGCUGAUACCAGUCUGGAGAAGGCACUCACCAGGCCAAGGCUGCGUUGUAACUUGGAUGUCACACCAUUGAUCAGAAGAACCACCUAGCCAUGGAGGCUCUGAAGCUACCUAGUUUAUCAGCAAUUUGGUCCUAGUUGUUACUCUCACUUUCUAUAGGUUUUUUUUUCUUAGAUAUUCUUACGCAUCUUUUAGAUUGAUGCUCUUGAGGAAAAUAGUCAAGCUAAACAGUGAUGGUGACUUUCAUGGUAAAAGGGGAGCUAAACGCUAGCUAAGCUACAUCAUCCACAGAGAUGGUGGGCACCAGGUCAGUUGCAUGGUUUGAUGAGGGCACACAGGAUAACACCAGGGCAAAGGAUUUUGCCAUGUGUUUGUUCUGUCACUAAGUGAUUGUUUAAAAGAACAUAUUCUUCAGGGAACAUAAUUUUCUAAAAAUGAAAUUUGGGAAGUUGUAUGAUUCAAGGUCAGAUAUUAAACAUUAGCUUCUUAACCUGCACCUGUCAUUUUCAUUAUGGAGGAAAGCCUCUUGUUUACACUACUGUGAUUGACAGUGCCCUUUGUAGAUCAAGAGGUCACCUUCUUUGUCUUGGCUUUAGCUGUCAGAUGGAAGCCUCAGACUUUUGCACUUUAGGUCAUCUAAUGUCUUCCAGUGUUUGUAGUUAUCAGCCAAAUGUUGCAUCAGGGUUGGCAGGUGUGCAAAGGCUGUAAAGACAUAAAAGAAUAAAAAGAAGCCUGUUAAGUUAGAUUCCAGGAGCAUUUAUAAGUUUGGAGCUCUGUGGGACAAAUUCGGGAUCAGAAUUGGAGGAGGUACCCCACAUUAGCCCUAAGGUGAAUACAAACGUGAGAAGGAUAAGUUACUAAACACUGGUUUCUGAAAUACAAACAGGUCCUUUUAACUAAAAAUUGAUAAUGAAAGAUCAGAAAGAGAAAUUAAGGAAAUAGUCCCAUUUACUAUCGCAUCAAAAAGAAUAAAAUACCUUGGAGUAAACCUACCUAAGGAGGCAAAAUACCUGUGCUCUGAAAACUAUAAGAUGUUGAUGAAAGAAAUCAAAGAUGACACAAAUGGAGAAAUAUACUAUGUUAUUGGGUUGGAAGAAUCAAUAUUGUGAAAAUGACUAUACUACCCAAGGCAAUCUACAGAUUCAGUGCAAUCCCUAUCAAAAUACCAAUGGCAUUUUUCAAAGAACUGGAACAAAAAAUGUUUUAAUUUAUAUGGAAACACAAAAGACCCUGAAUAGCCAAAACAAUCCUGAGAAAGAAAAACGGAGCUGUAGGAAUCAGGCUCCCUGACUUCAGAUUAUAUUACAAAGAUACAGUCAUCAGAACAGUAUGGUACUGGCACAAAAACAUAAAUACAGAUCAAUGGAACAGGACAAAAAGCCCAGAAAUAAACCCAAUCACCAAGGUCACCUAAUCUAUGACAAAGGAAGCAAGAAUAUACAAUGGAGAAAAGACAGUCUCUUCAAUAAAUGGUGUUGGGAAAACUGGACAGCUACAUGUAAACAAAUGAAAUGAGAACAUUCUCUAUCACCAUACACAAAAAUAAACUCAAAAUGGAUUAAAGACCAUUAAAUGUAAGGCCAGAUGCCAUAAAACUCUUAGAGGAAAACAUAGGACACACUUUGACAUAAAUUGCAGCAAUAGCUUUUUGAAUCCACCUCCUACCUGGAAUAAUGAAAAAACAAAAAUAAACAAAUGGGACCCAGUUAAAAUUAAAAGCUUUUGCAUAGCAAAGGAAAUCAUAAACAAAAUGAAAAAACCCACAGAUUGGGAGAAAAUGUUUGCAAAUGAAGUGACCAACAAGGGAUUAAUCUCUGAAAUAUACCAACAGUUCAUGUAGCUCUAUAUUUAAAAAAAAAUCAAAAAAUGGGUAGAAUAUCUAAAUACACAUUUCUCCAAAGAAGACAUACAGAUGGCCAAAAAGUGCUUGAAAAGAUGCUCAACAUCACUAAGUGAGAAAUGCAAAUCAAAACUACAAUGAGGUAUCAGCUCACUCCAGUCAGAGUGUCCACCAUCAAAAAGUCUACAAACAAUAAAUGCUGGAGAAGAUGUGAAGGAAAGGGAACCUUCCUACACUGUUGGUAGGAAUGUAAAUUGGUACAGCCACUAUGGAGAACAGUAUGAAGGCUCCUCAAAAAACUAAAAAUAGAGUUGCCACAUGAUCCAAUAAUCCCACUUCUGGGCAUAUAUCCAGAGAAAACUCUAAUUUGAAAAGAUACAUGCACCCUUAUGUUCAUAGCAGCACUAUUCACAAUAUCCAAAACAUGGAAGCAGCCUAAAUGUCCAUUGACAGAUGAAUGGAUAAAGAUGUUGUACCUAUACACAAUACAAUGGAAUAUAACUUGGCCAUAAAAAAGAAUGAAAUAAUGCCAUUUGCAGCAACAAGGAUGGACCUAGAAAUUAUCAUACUAAGUGAAGUAAGUCAGAGAAAGAAAUACUAUAUGAUAUCACUUAUAUGUGGAAUCUGAGGGAAAAAAAAAACAGGUACAAAUGAACUUAUUUGCCAGACAGACUUCAAAAACAAACAUGGUUAUGUGGGGGGAGGGAUAAAUUAGGAGUUUGGGAUUAACAUACACACUACUAUAUAUAGAAUAGAUAAUCGACAAGCACCUACUUUAUAGCACAAGGAACUCUACUCAGUAUUCUGUAAUAACCUAUUUGGGAAAAGGAUCUGAAAAAGAAUGGAUAUAUGUAUUUGUAUAACUGAAUCACUUAGCUCUACACCGGAAAGUAACACAACACUGUAAAUCAACUAUACUCCAAUAUAAAAUUAAAAAUUAAAAAAAAAAGGAUCUCAAAAAAAAAAAAAACUAAAAACCUGUUUAUCAAGUGAUAUUACCAAAAGAAUCUGUGAUUCAGAGUAGACAAUAUAUUUUGUGUUCUCUCUAGUUUCUUCCAACGAUAGAAUAAAACUCUUGUAAGCUUUGGAAACAUGUCCUUUGAAGAACACUUGUUUAUCAAAUAUCCAUCGAGUCUUCCAUACACAUGGUCUGUGCUGAGGAUGCAGAAAGUGUUCAUGCAUCCCCACCACACCUGGGCACAAACAGCUGACUUUUUUUUUUUUUUUAAGUAACAUUUCAUUUACACCUUUAGGCCCAGCCUCUGUCAUUAAAGGUAACUAUCAUAAAGUAUAACAAAAUACUCUGUUUGUGCGUAACAAAACAUGAUCUUACCAUCCCAAGCAUCAAACAUGUCUGUUAUGAAGUAGUCAAUAAAGGAGAUUUGGGACUUGGGGAUGCUACAGGUAUUCCGGUCAAACACUGGCAUCACUACAGGUAGCCCCUGUCUCUUCUCUUCAUCAGUCUGUAAGAAAUAACACAGGGCUGUAGGGCACAUGAGGAGCUGUCACAGUAGCAACUAAUUGGUCAACCACCCUGUGAAAAUGGGUCAUAAUUCAGUUGUAUCUAUGAAGAAACAGGCUCAGCAAGGUCCCAGGGCUUUAUUUAGGACAACCACCUGAUGAGGUACAGUGACUGGAUUCAGGUCUUUUGACUCUCAAAUGUGUUAUGCUGUCUUACAGCCCCUCCUGAAGCACGGAUCCAGGAUUCACACCCCCUUUCCUGAGGUCUGUUUUCAUGAUCGCAAGGUCAAGACUAUUUUCAAAGGAACACUAAUAGUACUAAGUGGCAGUUACACUGAGGGUACAGAAGCAAUGGUGGGUUUAAAACUGCUGAUGCCUUAGCAUGAAGCAAAGAACUGGCACUGCGCUGUAUGAGCAGUCAUUGUAUUACCCACCGUCAUGUGCUUGCAGUUUAAAAAGAAAGCCAGUUUCCCUUGAGAAUGUCUUCAUUAAAGCAGUAAGAAUUAUUAAGCUUGACCUUUGAAAAUAUGUCUUUUUAACAUUCUGUGUGACAAAAUCGGAAGUCUAUACAGAGCCC